CCAUUUCGAUUACCAGGAUACACUGAGCUUUUAUAGGGUACCAUGACUGCUGAAAAAGUCCCCGUUGUUCCAAUACCAGGAACUUGUGGAUAUCCAAUGAUAGGACUUGGGACCUUCAAUGACUUUCAGAGAAGGGGAAGCAACGAUGACGUAAAAGAGGCUAUAAAAUACGCCAUUGACUGCGGUUAUAGGAGCUUUGACACUGCGUACGUAUAUCAGACCGAAAUAAUGGUUGGUCAAGUAGUCAACGAUAAAAUCAAAGAGGGUGUCGUGAAAAGAGAUGAUAUAUUUAUUACGACCAAGCUCUGGAAUACACAUCACAAUCCUGCACAUGUACGUGUCAACUUCUUUAAAUCCCUCCAAAAUCUGAACUGUGAAUAUAUUGAUCUGUAUCUUAUCCACUGGCCUUUUGGAUUCGAGGAUGACGCGAGCGAGGCCUUUCCUAUGGAUGACAAGGGAUAUGCUAGAUUUUCUGAUCAUGAUUACAUGGACGUGUGGACGGAAAUGGAAAAAUUGGUUGAUGAGGGUUUGGUAAAAGCAAUAGGACUUUCUAAUUUCAACAAAAGUCAAAUUGAGCGUGUCCUGCAAAACUGCCGAAUUAAACCCUGCAAUUUACAGAUUGAAGUCCACCCCUACCUUUCAAACAAGAAACUGAUUGAUUUUUGCUCAUCAAAAGGAAUUUCAGUUACCGCUUAUGCACCGCUUGGGAACCCAAACAGAUCUUGGGCCAAAGGAAAGGAACCUACAAUCUUCGAAGAACCCAUUUUAAAAGAAAUUGCAGAAAAGAAAAAUAAGACCAUCGCACAAGUAUGUCUACGAUUCCUGCACCAGAGAAACAUCAUUGUGAUCCCAAAAAGCGUGACUCCAAAAAGAAUCAAAGAGAAUAUUGAUAUUCUGGAUUUUGAAUUGAAUGAUGACGAAAUGAAAGCCAUUUGGAGUUUGGACAAAGGAUUAAGAGUUUUAGAAGAACCCGCAGCCAAAUGCAGAGGUCACAAGUAUUACCCUUUCGACGAUGAAUAUUGAAAGCAAUGCUAUGCAAUUUGGCCAUUGGUGCAUCAAUGUAGAUAGAAGUCAAAGGAGUCUCCGCAUCAUCUCUCUGUCAUUAUUUAAUGAACUUUUUUUAACCAAAUAUUUUUCCUAAACAUGAGGCUGUUUUUCUUUGUUUGCUUUAAUUUGUUUGUUUGUUUAUUUUUUGUUAAAGCAACUUUAUAUAUCCUAGUGUACUGUAGCUGAUGAUUGUCUAUAUUUUUCUAAUAAAC